ACUUUCCGACGACGAAUUUCCUGAUUAUCGAGAGUCCCCGCUUGUCGUACGAGAGAAUACCGUGCCGUAUUCCGCCGAAAAAGACACGCGAAAAAUCGAGGGGAAUUUUUUCAGGUGUCCCGGGACAGCCUAUCGCGCAACCUUGUGGCGCUUCGGAUCGACGAAUGACGAGGUCGCUCGCCUCCACUCGUCCGCCCAGAGGAACGCCAUUGUGAGCCAUAACGACUGUGCCGCACGGUGAGUUUUAUCGGUCAUUUUCACGUACAUCGCCGGCUACCCGGGAAAUUUUGUACCGCGUCGCCUGGCACGCAGCGGAACGCCGGAGAGCUUACGAAUCGUGCUUGUAACCAAGUAAAUCGGCUGUAUCGCAAAAUCAUCAAUCGUCAAGAUGGCACAAGAAAAUGAUAUGCCCACCUUCAAGUGCGUGUUGGUCGGCGACGGCGGCACCGGGAAAACGACCUUUGUCAAGCGGCAUUUGACCGGCGAGUUCGAGAAGAAGUAUGUCGCCACCCUGGGUGUUGAAGUGCAUCCAUUGAUCUUUCACACCAAUCGCGGACCGAUUCGUUUUAACGUCUGGGAUACAGCCGGUCAGGAGAAGUUUGGUGGUCUUCGAGAUGGCUAUUACAUCCAGGGACAAUGUGCCGUGAUCAUGUUUGACGUUACAUCCAGAGUAACGUAUAAAAAUGUGCCCAAUUGGCACAGGGAUUUAGUACGCGUCUGUGAAAAUAUACCAAUUGUCCUCUGCGGCAACAAAGUUGAUAUUAAAGACAGGAAAGUAAAGGCAAAGAGUAUUGUAUUUCACAGGAAGAAGAAUCUACAGUACUACGAUAUAAGUGCGAAGAGUAAUUACAACUUUGAAAAACCUUUCCUGUGGCUGGCACGCAAAUUGAUCGGAGAUCCAAAUCUGGAGUUUGUCGCCAUGCCCGCUCUGCUGCCACCAGAGGUCACUAUGGAUCCACAGUGGCAGCAACAGAUUGAGAAAGAUCUUAAGGAAGCUCAGGAGACGGCAUUACCUGAAGACGACGAAGAUCUUUAGUUUAUUUAACGUUUAUCUAACUCGGGUGGCCUUUACGGAGGUAAGGCCUACGCGAGUGCCCAUGGUUAUAUCGCGUGCACUCGUACAUCUUCUCAUAGAGGUCGAAGAGUUUUUUCCUUAAGGAACAUAACAUUUGUAUACAAUACUGAGUUCCAGUGCUUCGAUCUUGUACAAUAUACAGCACGCCUUAUACAUCAAGUCCCAUUUUCUUAUGUGCCCUUUCAUUUUCUUAUCCAAGUGUUUCUUUUUUUUUUUACACGUCAUCCACGUAAACAAUCUAAUCGGAAAAUAUGAAAAAAUUGUCUCUACUGUUUCCCGUUACAUUGUGUGUCCUAGUGUAUUUGUAAUUUAUGUUUCUAAAAUUUGUGUCUCGUAAUAUAAAUCGCGAGAUUAUUCACGAGUUCGUAUUAAUUGUUUCAUAUACAAUUUGUAAAUUUGUAUGAUUACAUUACUCCUAAUGUUCUCAGUUUUGCGCCAAUUUUCGGAUUCAGAAUCCAAGUAUAUUCAAGUACAAGUUCGUACACACGAUCACACACGCGUAUGUGUAUACCGUAUUAUAAUGCAUCCACUUUCAGGACUAUGCGAUACUCUGUAAAUUCACAGAAAUUAUUCUCGUGUUCAGCGUGUUUAUAUAAAUCUAAAUUAUAUAAAAAUUCUUUUCUAUAUAAGAGAGGAUCCGUUUCGUUAGGUGCACGUGAAACCGUUAUCUCUCCUUUUUAAAUCCUCCCUCAAACUUAUCCCAUGAUGGAAAGUGUCGCGUCACGUGUAAAUUGCACCGAUGAAUUUUUAGCGUGGGGAAAAAAUUAGAAGUGAUACACUGCAACAUGUAAAUUCGACUUACGGCGUUUCAUUAUUCUGCUUAGAGUAGAUUUUAUUUAAAAUUCAUCCAUAUAUAUAUCCAUAUAUAUCUAUGUGAAAAAAAAAAAA